CUGCCAUUGGCUGGGGACGCUGGGGUUUGGAGAUAAAAGCCAGCGCCCAAGGCACAGUACUCUGUGUGGACUGGAUCGGCGACCGCCACCUAUCACCACCGAUCGAUCACAGCCCGGAAGAGCAGGAUCUCUGGGAACGCGUUGGUGGAACCAUGGAGAACGGAUUCACAUAUGAAGAUUAUGAGAACACUGCACAAUGGCUUCUCUCUCAUACCAAGCACCGGCCAGAAGUGGCAGUGAUCUGUGGUUCUGGGUUAGGAGGUCUGGCUGAUAAAUUAAUUCAGGCCCAGAGCUUUGACUACAGCGACAUUCCCAAGUUUCCCCGAAGCACAGUGCCGGGUCAUGCUGGUCGACUGGUGUUCGGAUUCCUGAAUGGCAAAGCCUGUGUGAUGAUGCAGGGCAGAUUCCACAUGUAUGAAGGAUAUUCGCUCUGGCAGGUGACAUUCCCCGUGAGGGUCUUCCGGCUUCUGGGAGUGGAUACACUGGUGGUCACCAAUGCAGCUGGAGGGCUCAACCCUAAGUUUGAGGUUGGAGACAUCAUGCUGAUCCGUGAUCAUAUCAACCUACCGGGUUUCUCUGGUCAGAACCCUCUCAAGGGGCCCAAUGAUGAAAGGUUUGGAGCUCGUUUCCCUGCUAUGUCUGAUGCUUAUGACCGGAAUAUGAGGGAGAAGGCUUUCAGCGUCUGGAAACAAAUGAAAGAGAAGCGAGAGCUGCAGGAGGGCACCUAUGUGAUGCUGGCCGGCCCCAACUUCGAGACAGUGGCCGAAUGUCGCCUGCUGCAGAAGCUGGGGGCGGAUGCUGUGGGCAUGAGCACAGUGCCAGAAGUUUUAGUUGCACGGCACUGUGGACUUCGAGUCUUUGGCUUCUCACUCAUCACAAACAAAGUCAUCACGGAUUAUGAAAGCCUGGAGAAGGCCAAUCACGAGGAAGUACUAGAGGCGGGGAGACAAGCUGCAAAGAAAUUGGAACAGUUUGUCUCCCUUCUCAUGACUAGCAUUCCACCCUCUCACAAUGCCUAAUGGCUACUCCUGGAGUAGUUUGGGGCCUCCCUGAUGGAUGGAAUCCAAGUGAGUACUACCUACUUUGGCCCCUUGCUGGGGUCAUGUGCCUCUGCUCUUAGGUAGUAGAAAGAAAAUGAGCUCUGUAUCCUUCACAUUCCCUACUUUCUCCCACCGGACCUUUUUGGUACCAAGUCUUCUUGCUCAGUUGUCUUCUCAAAGCAGUUUUUCUACCCCAUUCUUCUGGAAGAGCUGGAGCCCAAUGCCCUAUCACACCCAGGGACACGCCUGUGAUUGGACACAGGCCUUUGAACGCCUAACAACAGCUGCUGCUAGCUCUGUGAGAUGACAGUCUCAUGUUCUUGGGGCUCUAUUAUGCCUCACUUAUAGCACUAGAGAGCAAUUAAGGACCAGCUCAUACACCAUAAUAUUUUGAGAAUGAAGAGAUGAAUUUUUUUUUUAACUUUUUUGUGUAGCUUGGGAUGAGGCUGGAGCACAGGCCAAGACUGACACAAACAGCUAUCAUCUCCUUAAGAACUGAGAUGAGGCGAUAUGUGUGCAGCAAAUAAUGAAGGAAAAAUGUUAUGGCCUAAGUUGUCAUUCUUUGUUAAGGGCUAUCUAGUCAUUAUCCUUGUCCUUGCACCCCUUCUCCCCUGCUUUCUGUAUUCUUGCAGCAUAGUGCGAGUACCCUUUGCCAGCCACCUCACUGCUGCCUGGAUUCCUUCCUGCCAACCCCAGGAAAACCUGUGAAAUUGGCUUAAACUCAGCUUCUCUGGAGCACCUGCUUUCCUCCUGCUGUGCUCUUUCUGCGUUCCUGCUUUCCUUGGUCGAACCUCCCUAUGAGUCUACAUUCAGACACAGCUCUUUCUUGGCUCACCACAUGCUUUUGCUUAUGGGCUUACGUUCAGCUGCCUGACAUAUCUGGAAACCACACUGCCCUCCCAGACCUAUGUGCCUUUUAAGAAAGGACAGUGCUGCCUGGUGCAGUGGCCAGACUGGGCAACUUAGUGAGAUUCUGUCCAGGCUAUGGAAGUGGUAGUGUGACCCUGGGUUUAUCCUCAGUCCCCAGGACUGCCAUAAAACAAAACAAAAACCAUGCUAGAUAAGCUUCUCUUUGUAACCACAUUUCAGUUGUUAAUGGUAUAUAACAUGCAAGAAGUGUUUUGGAAAGGAAGCUUUUGAGAACUCUUUCAAAUCAUCCUUUGUUUGGUAACUGAACUUCUUAGAUGAGCCCAACCCAAAGAAAAGUCAUCUUGGAGCAGGUGCAUCACUACUCAUGGGUUCUUUGUACCUCUCCUUACCACUUGACUCUCCCUGGAUCUCCAGGCGAUCCACCAGAAUGAGUUUGUCCCUAGUUUACAGGAAAGUACUGCACUUCCUUUCGAUAUGUACAUAACUAUAACUUGUUUAUGUAAUGAGAUAGCUUAUGGGCAUUUUCAUCCUUGAAUAUUCCUUAGCAUAGCACUUGGCUAGUAAAAUGCUAAAUUGAGAAUAUAAAAAUGGUCCUUUCUUGGCCACCAUUUUAAGAUACUUAAGAAACACCUGUUGUAUACAACUUGUGCAAGAUAGGUACAAGUCUUAGCUUUUUUCUGUGUGCAUGUGCUUGUGUGCUUGUGUGCGUGUGUGUGUGUGUGUAUGUGCUGGAAUCCAAGAAUUAUACUCACAGCCUCUGAGCUUAGUCUUGAAGUAUGAAAAAAGGAUUUCACAUCUGAACAAGCCAAAGCAUAGACCUGGAACCGAGGCAUAUAGAGAAGUGAUUGGAAGUCUGAGGAGAGCUGCUGGUCUGUCCUGCCUCUGACCUGCCUCUUGCUCAAACUGAACAGGAACCAGAAUGGUGCCACCUGAAAAAUACGUCCUGGAGAGUAGAAUGUGAAGGCAUUUUUAGAUUUAGUGAGUAUACUAAAUUUGUGUGCACUAUAUGAAGACAACUUUCUUUUUAAUAAAAUCUGUAUUGAGAUAAAAUUCACAUAUCAUACAGUUCAUCCAUUUAUAGUAUAAUAUUUAGUGUAUUCACA